AUGGAACCCACGACCUCGUUCUAUCAAACGGCGCUCUCCGGCUACUACGCCGCCAGCCUGGCGGAUAGCAGCCACCCCAACCCCCCACCGCCGCCCCCAGACCCCGGCGAUUCGCCGCCCACGCCGCCCUGCCGCUUCAUCAACUACCCAGACACGCUCCAGGGCGGCGCCCCCGCCGCGCUGCAGGCGGCGCUUUCGGGCGGCGGCGGCGGCGGCGGGGGCGGGGUGGUGGAGAGGUUCAACCCUUUGAAGCUGCUGGGGCGCAUGAACCGGUGGCUGUGCCGCCGCUGCCGCGCGAUGCUGCUGGAUGGCGGCGUGAAGGAGCGGCUGCUGGCGCUCCAGGACGGCGGCGGCGGCAACGAAGGCGGCGGCGAGGUGCGCGACGCGCUGGAGCAGGCGCCGCCUGUGACGGCGGUCUUGGUGAACUUUCCAGACCAGUGGUGA